GGGGGUAUGAUGGAACAGCCAAGGGAAGAGCAGCGAUCAUAUGUUCGCUAGCAGUAGCAGCGGGAAGGGUCGCAGUGCGCGCUUGUAACACCAGUUGCAAAAAGUCUGCAGUCCGCUGUAGUAGCGUUGUCGAUAGCAUAGUCCCGAGCUGCUGACACAUUCGAGCGGUGUGUUUGAAGAAUUACCAUGAAGUGGACGGUCGCCUUUGCUGCCUGCCUCGCAAUUGUUUCAGCGCAAAAUUCAACACUACCAGACUCUCAUCAAAGCAUGACUUCCCACUCUGAGACUACAGCAGCCGGCAAUACCACGCCAACGGCUUCACCAAAGACUACCACUACACCAGCGCCACCAGCACCUCCAGCACCUAAGGAGGCCACUUUCAAUAGCUACAAUGUGACUGUGCCAGGCACCAACAACACCUGCAUCCUGGUCAAGGCAGCCAUCCAGCUCAGGGUUGCCUACGUCGCAACUGACGAGCAGGUGAUGGAAGCUGUGCUGGCCCUGGAUAACGAGACGGUGGUCGACCGCGAGCGCAGCAGCUGCAGCUCUCCUCUUGGCGAGCAGUCCCUUGUGCUGCGCUUUGGCAACAACAGCCUCUCCUUGGUGUUUGCCAAGAAUGGCACGGUCUACCUGCACGAAGUUGCCGUCGACUACUACACCAGCCCGGCCCUCUUCCCACAUGCUGCAAAGCCUGCGGAGCAUGUCACCGUGAAGAACAACACGCUGGUGCUGUACAGUGUUCCCGAGGAUCGUUCCUACCACUGCAAUGUGAAACAGCCUGUCUACAUGGGCGCAAAUGUCACCCUGGAUGUGCUCAGCGUUCAGCUGCAGGCUUUCAUGAACACUACUGCGGAGACAACAGGAAAGUUUGGUGACGCUGUGGAAUGCUUGGCAGGCGACAUCAGCAACAUCGUGCCCAUUGCGGUUGGCUCUGCACUGGCAGCCCUGGUGAUAAUUGUGCUCAUCGCCUACCUCAUUGGCCGCAGCAAGAGCCGGCAGAAGGGAUACCAGUCCGUUUAGGAGUUUCCUCUCAAAUGCCCUUCCUGGCACUUUCUUUUCGUUUUCACUUCUGUUGCUCUGGACACUCACUGAAAAUGGAGAUGCUCUUCCUUGUUUCACAGAGGCCCCUUUCUGCUUUCCCGCUCCUUCCCUGUUAUUUGUAAUGAGGCAUGCAAUAGUGUGUAUUUUGUGACAGUGGAACAUUGGUGCCCAGCUGAAUUGCACCCACAGUUGGCACCUGCGGCAUGAGACACUUAUCGGCAUUGAAGAGAGGCCGCAUGUGUGCAGUUGAUCUGUGCGGCUAGAUAUUUUUUUCAGUUGAUGUACACGUGUUUCUCUCUGGAUUUGCAGAGUGUACAUAUAGGGAAGGAGCCGCAAGCGUUGGUUCCUAUGUGUAGUUGAUUAAUUUCCUAGGUUUUUAACUGAGGGGAGGGAAAAACAUUGCUCCCGACUGGCGGCUGCUGUAGUAUGCCACAAUUGAUGUGAUGAAGUGAUAUCCUCUCCGGCAGAAGUACUUCUUGGGUGUUUGAGUGUUUUUACUGAGAGUUAAUAAACAACUACUUUCUA